UUUCAAGCGUGUUAUCAUUAUAUCAGAAAUGAAAUUUAAAAAUUGUCGUUGUUCCAUAAUAAUGUCAUGUUUUUUAUUAUAACUUUUACUUGAAAUUACAGUUUCAUUUUGGGUAGUUUUUUAACUACACAUUAUUAGCUAUGACUAAACCUAGACGUUCAACGGGGCCCGCAAUAAAGUAUCGCACUUGUGAUACUUGUCAUUCAACUUUAUAUUUUAGUGAUAUGGAAACUCAUUUCUCUGGCCAAUGUCCACCCUUAACGGAAAAUUGGUCUCAAGCUUAUGUACAUGAUCACAAAUUGUUUUCGUAUGCACAGCUACACACCAAAGACGACGAAUUCUUGGUUGGUAAUGAUAAUGUUGUUGUUCCAAUUGCUGCCAUACAAUUGUGUGGGUUUGUACUUGGUGAGCCAGUAAUUGUAAGAUGUGGAUCAAAGACUUUAGUAAAAAAUAUCUGGCCUUCUGAAGAAUUACCACUCUCAAAAGUGUUUUUCUCUAAAGAUGUUUUGGUAAAUGAAUUUGAUCAAUUAGAGCAUGUAUCUAUUGAAAGAUUUUCUAUUCCACCAAGUGAAGCACAGCAUAUUGAAGUUGAAUUAACAAAAUAUGACUUAUUACCUCCUGAUGGUGAAUUCAAGAAACAAUUGCUGCUCCAUAUAUCUAAUAAAUAUGAAGGAAGGAUUAUUAAGCAGUCUGAUUUUCUCUGUUUUGAUUUUUAUGGACGUAGUUUUUCUUUAAAAGUAUAUGAAAUUCAAAUAUUUCCUUGUCAUAAUCUUGAAGAACAAAUUAAAAGUCUGAAUUUAAACAAUAACUUUUAUCAUAUUUCAUCAUCUACCACUUGGAGUAUUAAAUCUAACGUGACAAUAAAUAAAACUCCAUUUCCUUUAGAAAAUAUUGGCGGAAUAAGUUAUUUGUUUGAUAAAAUAAUAAAAAUUAUUGAAACUACCAAACAUUACCAAAACCAUUGCGGUAUUCUUCUACAUGGAAUAUCUGGAACUGGAAAGACACUAUUAGCAAAUACAACAGCUAAUUCAUUAGAUAGACAUAUUGUUGAAUUGAAAAGUUGGGAAAUUUUAAGUAAAGUAUAUGGUCAAAGUGAAGCAAGGCUAAAACGAUGUUUUGAAGAAGCAAUAGUAAAUUCUCCAAGUGUAAUUCUUAUUGAUCAAGUAGACACAUUUAGUAUAUCAAAUAAUCCAACUGAUUUAGAAAGAAGAAUAAUCAAUACAAUGCAAUCUCUGUUUGAUUUGCUUAAAACAGUCAAGCACAAUGGGAUAGCAGUACUUGGAACUACUAGAAGUUUAGAAUUAGUUGAUGGUAAUUUACGAAGACCUGGAAGAUUUGAUUAUGAAGUCGAAGUACCUGUGCCAAAUGAAUUGCAGCGUAAAGAUAUUUUAAAGUGUCAAUUAUCUCAUAUUAAACAUAAUGUUAUAGAAAGUGAUAUUACUGAUAUUGCUUAUAAAGCUCAAGGAUUUGUGGGAGCUGAUUUAUUAGCUGUAGUGAACCGUUCAGUUACAGAAGCUGCAAUAAAUGAUGAAGAAUUUGUAUCUUAUAAACAUCUCUGCAUUGCAAUAAAUCAAGUGAAACCUUCUGCCAUCAAAGAAGUUUUGGUUCAAGUGCCAAAUGUCAAAUGGACUGAUAUUGGUGGACAAGAUAAAAUCAAAUUAAAACUUAGACAGGUAGUUGAGUGGCCUCUUAAAUAUCCUGAAGCUUUUGAAAGGAUGGGUAUAAGCCCUCCACGCGGUGUUCUGUUGUAUGGACCCCCUGGUUGUUCAAAGACAAUGAUUGCUAAAGCUGUUGCGACUGAAAGUCACUUUAAUUUUAUAUCCAUUAAAGGUCCUGAGCUUUUUAAAAAAUACGUGGGAGAGUCAGAGCGUGCUGUAAGAGAAACAUUUAAGCGAGCCAAAAGUGUUGCACCAUGUGUUGUAUUUUUUGAUGAAUUAGAUGGUUUAGCUGGUGAAAGAGGGAUUGGUGAUAGUGGGUCAAGUAGUGUACAUUCAAGGGUUUUAGCACAACUAUUAACUGAAUUAGAUGGAGUUCAACCAUUAGGAAAUGUUACUAUUUUAGCUGCAACUAACAGACCAGAUUUAAUUGAUUCUGCUCUUCUGAGACCAGGAAGAUUAGAUCGAAAAGUUUAUGUUCCAUUGCCAGAUGAAAAUACACGCCUAGAAAUAUUAAAGCUUAAACUUAGUAAAAUGCCUAUAUCAAGUGAUGUGGAUAUCACAGAACUCAUCAAAUAUACUGAAAAUUAUUCGGGGGCUGAGGUUAUAUCAAUUUGUCAUGAAGCAUCUCUUAAAGCAAUGGAAGAAAAUAUACAUGCUAAGCAAGUUGAAAUGCGUCACUUUAUCUCAACUCUUGAAAGUAUGCACCCUCAAACACCAACAUGGUUGUUAAGCAUUUAUGAAAAAUUUUCUGGGCACCAGUAGCAACAAAAUAAAUUUACUUUAUUUAUAUAGUAAGUUGUAACUAUUACAAAUAAAUGAUACAAUUUUAGCAAUAUACAUUUAGAAAUAUAAAAGAAAUACAGAAAUUAGGGCGGCGAAGGGUAUAUCUAAACUAAAUUUGAGGAAUGUCCUUUCCUAUGGCAGUCAACAGAACUUUUUCAAUCAAACUUAUCUCUUAGUUUUGCUUUAAACAAUACAGGUAAGAGAGAUAGUGUUGCAAAAGUUGCUAAAAGUAAAACAGAAGUCCAUGACCAUGUACUACUAGUAGAUGUUAACUCAUGCAAUGUUUGACCAGCUUGUACAGCUAAUACUGAUGGUACAGCAA